GGUAGCGGUAAAUGUGAAAGUGGACAGUCUGAAGCCAGGGGAAGAUUCCCAGUGUUUGUGAUGCUCUUCGUUUGGUGUGACGCAGACCGUGUGGCUUGAGUGGAGAAACAGAGGAGUCGUUGUGUUCUUUUGAUUUUGAGUCUUUGCCCGGCAAAGUGAUGUUUUAUUUGUACCGAAUAAAUUACGAUGUUAACGUUACAGGUGUGUCAUGCUAAUGGUCAUGUGGCAGCAGUGUAGGAUGGAGGUUCCUAUGUGUGCAGAAGGACAUGAAAGGCUUCCAUGUCUUCUCCCUGGACCUCCUCAAUGUCCACCUCUUGAUCAUCAGACUCUGAGGCCUCAUCUUGACUGUCACUUUCCAACCUGGUUGAGGAUGGCUCAUUGUCAGGCUCAAAAAGCCUCAAAUUUGCCUGGAUGUCCACCAAUUUUUUAACCCAUGUAUUGGUCAGCCUGUUGCGUGCUUUGUUGUGUGUGUUUCCAAACAAGGACCAGUUGCGCUCUGAGGCGGUGGCUGUUGGUGGGAUUUGGAGGAUAAUGGAGGCAACAGGGGAAAGAGCCUCAGAUCCACAAAGUCCCUUCCACCAGGUGGCUAAUGAGAUAUAUUGGCACGACUGCCAUAUUGCAUCUCCAUCCCAAAGCCCUUGCUUGGAAGUGUACUUCGCCAGACUGCCAAGAACCUUGCCAUCAUCCAGGCCAAGGUGGUGAGACACGGUAGUGAUGACAUCAUAGACCUUGUUGAUCAAUGCACCAGACAGAACGCUCUUGGCAGCAUACAUGUACGCUGCGGCGUGUAUGGGCUUCAGGCAGAAGUCUUCAUGCUUUUUGAUGUAUUUCAGAACUGCAGUUUCCUCUGCUUGGAGCAACAGUGAAGUGGCAGGGCAGUAUGGAUUUUUUCUCUUACAUCUGCAAGCAGAGUCUGAACAUCAGACAGAAUGCCAUUGUCUCCCUCAAAUCUCCUAUAUGUUUCAGGCUGCUUACCACUCUCCCAAAAUAUAUCAUCCAGGAGGAUCCUCUUGAUGGGGCUGUCCAUAUCGGCAGACUAUGAUAUGGCCAUUUCUUGGAGAGACUCCUUCCCCUCCAGGACUGUCCAACAUGAUGACAACACCACCCCAACGGGUGUUGCUGGGCAGCUUCAAUGUGGUGCUGUUAUUCUUCUCACUUUUCUUGAGUGGAGUUUGGUGCUGUCACAUUCUCAGACUCACUUGAGAAAUGUCCACCCCGGACCCCCCCAUGGGAGGGACGCCUCGGCCGGGCCCGUCUCCAGGAGCCAUGAGGGGCCCCAGCCUUUCCCCGGGCUCUGCUCUUGGCAUGAUGGGACCCAGCCCAGGUCCCCCAGCCUCUGGACACUCCCACCCACAACAGGGGCCCUCAGGAUAUCCUCAGGAGAAUAUGCAUCAGAUGCACAAACCUAUGGAAGGCAUGCAUGAGAAGGGCAUGUCUGAUGACCCUCGCUAUGGACCAAUGAAGAGCAUGGGCAUGAGACCACGUGGAGGCCACAUUGGAAUGGGACCCCCUUCUAGCCCCAUGGAUCAACAUUCACAAGGCUACCCCUCUCCACUGGGGAGUUCUGAGCACUCUCCCAACCCUGUGCCAGCCAACAGCCCCUGCCCCGGCCCCAUGAUGCCCUCUGGCCCAGGUGUCCCCAUGGAGGGCGGUGACCCCCAGGCCAUGGGCCAACAGAGCCUCGGUGGUGUCCUGAGUGGUGGUUCUGUGCCAGGUGGGGUUGGGCCUGGUGGACCCACCCCCUUCAACCAAAACCAGCUGCACCAGCUCAGGGCCCAGAUCAUGGCCUACAAGAUGCUGGCUCGCAGCCAGCCCCUACCAGACCACCUGCAGAUGGCUGUGCAGGGCAAGAGGCCCAUGCCAGGGAUGCAGCAGCAGCCAGGGAUGCCCAACAUGCCCCCUUCCUCUGGGCCUGGAGCGGGGCCUGGACAGCCACCAGCAAACUACAACAGACCACUUGGAAUGGUAGGCCCAAACAUGCCUCCUCCAGGACCCUCAGGUGUUCCUCCUGGUAUGCAGGGCCAGCCCACCAAUGGACCCCCUAAACAAUGGCCCGAAGGGCCCAUGGUGAAUGCUGCUGCUCCAUCCAGUGCCCCCCAGAUGCUGAUUCCCCCUCAGCCCACUGGCAGACCCUCGCCUGCUCCCCCCUCCCCCCAGCCCCCACCCAUGGUGCUGCACCAAAAACAGAACCGCAUCACGCCCAUCCAGAAGCCCCAUGGCCUGGACCCAGUAGAGAUCCUCCAGGAGAGAGAGUACAGGCUGCAGGCUCGAGUGCUGAGGCACGUAGCGAGUAAAAAUCAUCUGUCCUCCGUUCCAACACUCACUACCGAGUUUCAAACUGCCUCUGGAAGCAACGUCAGCACAAGAACUGUUCGUCGGGAGCUUCAUGAAAUGGGUUUCCAUGGCCGAGCAGCCGCACACAAGCCUCAGAUCACCAUGCGCAAUGCCAAGCGUAGGCUGGAGUGGUGUAAAGCUCGCCGCCAUUGGACUCUGGAGCAGUGGAAACGUGUUCUCUGGAGUGAUGAAUCACGCUUCACCAUCUGGCAGUCCGACGGACGAAUCUGGCUUUGGCGGAUGCCAGGAGAAAGCUACCUGACUGAAUGCAUAGUUCCAACUGUAAAGUUUGGCGGAGGAGGAAUAAUGGUCUGGGGAUGUUUUUCAUGGUUCGGGUUAGGCCCCUUAGUUCCAGUGAAGGGAAAUCUUAACGCUACAGCAUACAAUGACAUUCUAGACGAUUCUGUGCUUCCAACUUUGUGGCAACAGUUUGGGGAAGGCCCUUUCCUGUUUCAGCAUGACAAUGGCCCCAUGCACAAAGCGAGGUCCAUACAGAAAUGGUUUACUGAGAUCGGUGUGGAAGAACUUGACUGGCCUGCACAGAGCCCUGACCUCAAUCCCAUCGAACACCUUUGGGAUGAAUUGGAACGCAGACUGCGAGCCAGGCCUAAUCGCCCAACAUCAGUGCCUGACCUCACUAAUGCUCUUAUGGCUGAAUGGAAGCAAGUCCCCGCAGCAAUGUUCCAACAUCUAGUGGAAAGCCUUCCCAGAAGAGUUGAGGCUGUUAUAGCAGCGAAGGGGGGACCAACUCCAUAUUAAUGCCCAUGAUUUUGGAAUGAUAUGUUCAAAGGGCAGGUGUCCACAUACUUUUGGUCAUGUAGUCUACACAAUUGGCAGGGGGGUUAGAUCAGCUCAAAUGUUGCAGAUAGAUUGUGGCUUCUAUCAGUGUAAAUAUCUGCAUAAUUUCCAAUCCCACAUAUAUUUUUGGGUUGUGUGUGUAUCUAUAUAUAUAUGUGUGUGUGUGUGUGUGUGUGUGUGUGUGUGUGUAUAUAUGUGUAUAUAUAUAUGUACCAGUCAAAAGUUUAGACACCUACUUGUUCGAGUUAAAAAAAAAAGGUACUAUUUUCUGCAUUGUAGAAUAAUAGUAUAGACUUAAACUAUGAAAUAACACAUAUGGAAUCAUGUAGUAACCAAAAAAGUGUUAAACAAAUCAAAAUAUAUUUGAGAUUCUUCAAAGUAGAUGACAGCUUUUCACACUCUUUGCAUUCUCUCAACCAGCUUCAUGAGGUAGUCACCUGAAAUGCAUUUCAAUUAACAAGUGUGCCUUGAUAAAGUUAAUGCGCUUGAGCCAAUCAGUUGUGUUGUGACAAGGUCGGGGUGGUAUACAGAAGAUAGCCCUAUUUGGUAAAAUACCAAGUCCAUAUUAUGGUAAGAACAGCUCAAAUAAUCAAAGAGAAAUGAUAGACCAUAUUUACUUUAAGACAUGGUCAUUCAUUAGUUACCAGCCUCAAAAAUCGGCAAUUAACUGCACCUCAGAUUAUUUAUUUUUUUCACCUUUAUUUAACCAGAUAGGCUAGUUGAGAACAAGUUCUCAUUUGCAACUGCGACCUGGCCAAGAUAAAGCAUAGCAGUGUGAACAGACAAGAGUUACACAUGGAGUAAACAAUAAACAAGUCAAUAACAUAGUAGAAAAAAAAGAAUCUAUAUACAUUGUGUGCAAAAGGCAUGAGGUAGGCAAUAAAUAGGCCAUAGGAGUGAAUAAUUACAAUUUAGCAGAUUAACACUGGAGUGAUAAAUGAUCAGAUGAACAUGUGCAGGUAGAGAUACUGGUGUGCAAAAGAGCAGAAAAGUAAAUCAAAUAAACAGUAUGGGGAUGAGGUAGGUAAAUUGGGUGGGCUAUUUACCGAUGGACUAUGUACAGCUGCAGAGAUCGGUUAGCUGCUCAGAUAGCAGAUGUUUAGUUGGUGAGGGAGAUAAAAGUCUCCAACUUCAGCGAUUUUUGCAAUUCGUUCCAGUCACAGGCAGCAGAGAACUGGAAGGAAAGGUGGCCAAAUGAGGUUUUAGCUUUAGGGAUGAUCAGUGAGAUACACCUGCUGGAGCGCGUGCUACGGGUGGUGUUACCAUCGUGACCAGUGAACUGAGAUAAUGCGGAGCUUUACCUAGCAUAGACUUGUAGAUGACCUGGAGCCAGUGGGUCUGGCGACGAACAUGUAGCGAGGUCCAGCAGACUAGAGCAUACAGGUCGCAGUGGUGGGUGGUAUAAGGUGCUUUAGUAACAAAACAGAUGGCACUGUGAUAAACUGCAUCUAGUUUGCUGAGUAGAGUAUUGGAUGCUAUUUUGUAGAUGACAUCACCGAAGUCAAGGAUCGGUAGGAUAGUCAGUUUUACUAGGGUAAGUUUUGCGGUGUGAGUGAAGGAGGCUUUGUUGCGGAAUAGAAAGCCGACUCUAGAUUUGAUUUUGGAUUGGAGAUGUUUGAAAUGAGUCUGAAAGGAGAGUUUGCAGUCUAGCCAGACACCUAGGUACUUGUAUAUGUCCACAUAUUCUAGGUCGGAACCAUCCAGGGUGGUGAUGCUAGUCAGGCGUGCGGGUGCAGGCAGCGAACGGUUGAAAAGCAGGCAUUUGGUUUUACUAGCGUUUAAGAGCAGUUGGAGGCCACGGAAGGAGUGUUGUAUGGCAUUGAAGCUCGUUUGGAGGUUAAAUAGCACAGUGUCCAUAUAAAUUAUUGCAGCCCAUAUAAAUGCUUCACAGGGUUCAAGCAACAGACACUGCUGCACAGAAACCACUACUAAAAGACACCAAUAAGAAGAAGCGACUUGCUUGAGCCAAGAAACACGAGCAAUGGAUAUUAGACUUUGGAAAUCUGUCCUUUGGUCUGAUGAGUCCAAAUCUGAGAUUUGUGGUUCCAACCGCCGUGUCUUCGGGAGAUGCAGAGUAGGUGAACGGAUGAUAUCUGCAUGUGUGGUUCCCACUGUGAAGCAUGGAGGAGGUGGUGUGAUGUUGUGGGUGUGCUUUGCUGGUGACACUGAUUUAUUUAGAAUUCAAGGCACACUUAACCAGCAUGGCUACGACAGCAUUCUUCAGCGAUACGCCAUUCCAUCUGGUUUGCGCUUAGUGGGACUAUCAUUUGUUUUUCAACAGGACAAUGAACCAACACACCUUAAGGCUGUGUAAGGUCUAUUUGACCAAGAAGGAGAGUGAUGGAGUGCUGCAUCAGAUGACCUGGCCUCCACAAUCACCCGACCUCAAACUAAUUAGUACUGCACCAUCCCAUUCUCUGUCUGCAAUCAUAACCAGUUGUAUGUACCAGCAAUAAUGAAACGUAGAUGUUUGGUGAAUCUAUGAAUUAUGUAUGACCACUGGAGCCUUUGCCACUCAAUAUUAUUUUUAGAAUACACUCUCAUUAACAUCUCCUAACCAUGUGUAUGUGACAAAUAAAGUUUGAUUUGAUCUGAGUUGUAAUAGGAACUAAAUCAAAGAGAAUAGAACAGUC